AUGCAAAUCAUCUGGCGAGACUCCGACGCCGCCAACCCCUCCUCCAUCUACGAGGCCGCCCGCACCCGGGGUGUCUUCAACAAACGACAUCCACCCAAAUUCCCCCUCGCCAUCGCCAAAGCCAGUUCCGACGCGGACGUUGUUGCUGCUGUGCAGUUAGCGAUAACCCACAACGCCCGCGUCGCCGUUCGCGCAGGAGGACACUCGUUCCCCGUGUGGAGUCUACAGGAUGACGCCGUGCUGAUUGAUCUGGGCGAAUGGAGGGAAUGCGUUGUUGACGCACCCAAGGGGAUUGCGUCUGUGACGCCGGGUGUCACCAGUCAGGAGAUCAAUGAGGUGUUGGUGAGCCAGGGGUUGAUGUUUCCUGCGGGUCAUUGUGGGGAUGUUGGGCUCGGGGGGUUCUUGUUGCAGGGGGGUAUGGGGUGGAAUUGUGGGAACUGGGGAUGGGCGUGUGAGCGGGUUGAUGCAGUGGAGGUCGUCACGGCGCAAGCGCAGAGGCUUCUCUGUAAUGCGGAGCAGAACUCGGAGCUGUACUGGGCUGCAAGGGGGGCGGGACCUGCGUUUCCUGGGGUGGUAACGCGGUUUCAUCUCCGGGUGCUCCCUUACUAUAGUGAUGGGGUGCGAUCGUCAGGGUAUAUCUAUCCGGCGAGGUUAUACCGACCCGUCUUCAACUGGGUGCUUUCGACGGUACCGGAUCUCGAUCAUGAUACCGAGAUUACUGCGCUCUCGCAGUUCCGAAACGGCGAGCUGUGCUUUUCUAUCCUCCUAGUCUGUAUGAAAGAGACAGCCGCCCAAGCAGCAGACGCCCUGCAGCCGCUGCACGAGACUAGACCCACCGGCGCGCUGACAGAGUGGUUCUGCCAGGAAGAUAGCCUGGCGAACCUAUACCGCGAAAAAGCCAAGUCAAACCCCCCGGGUCGCCGGUGGUGCUCCGCCAAUACAUACCUCGAGGACAAGCACGACGUAGUGAGUAUCCUCGAGGAAGGGUUCCUCGCUCUGCCGAGUCCAGACAGCUACGCAUUCUGGUGCCCGAUCGCACCGACCAGCAAGCGGAAGCUACCAGAUAUGGCGUUCAGCAUGCAGUCGGACCAUUAUUUUGCGGUGUAUGCGGGCUGGAAGGACGAAUCAGACGAUGGGAGGUGCCAGUCGUGGCUGCAGCUUGUCAUGGACAAGAUCAAAGCACAUGGAAUUGGGGCGUAUAUAGGCGACUCGGAUUUCUCUGUGCGACCUGACCGUUACUGGGCGGAGGAUAAUGAGGACCGGUUGAGGGAGAUUCGUCGUCGAUGGGAUCCAGAUACUCGGUUCUGCGGGUUUCCUUGA